AAUCUUGCAAGUUGCGUCCCAAAAUGAGAUUACUCUACACUAGUAUUUCUGACACGUUGAUGUAUGCAACAAAGCUUCAAGUCUUGAAUCAAAGUAAACAUCCCAUGUUAAAACAUUACUAACCUGUGUCCACUAUUUAUCCAUAGGUUUGAUACCAAUGUCUGCUGAUUAAAUUUGACAAGCCAGUUCAAGCAAUUCAAACGCCUGCCAAGAAGUCAAUCCAAAUUUGAUCCAGGAAAUCAAAGCUAUCUCGACUGGUUAGUGGUAAAGUAGUUAACUAACUAAACGGUUGACAUUGAUUGCUGCCUGUUGAUUGUGUUGCUUGGUUGCUUGUUUCCCAGCUUUCUUACGAUCUAUUUGCCAAAUUACUAAACCAACGAGUUUGCUCCAAACAGUCAUCUGCUGUUAUCAAGUCACGUUGGUAAUAAUACAAACUGAUUUGUUUUUCUCUCGUGUUUUUGUUCUGAUUUAUUCAUCUAAUCAUUAUUUUAUCCACAAUUUUUCCCCGCUAAUAUUAUUUUCUUCAAUUGACAUCUAUAAUUCACCGAUCCGUGCUCAUUCUGUUCACCUUUUGGGCCCAUGUUUUGAUCAACGUUUAUGACCACAGAAUCAUCUACACACUUUCAUUCUGACUAUAUGUAAAUUUUUUUCAACCAAUUACAACAGAAGUACAACUUUAAACUUGUCACAAGAUGGAAGAAUCGCCUAAUCAAGGAUCAAUUAUUAGUUUUGAAGUUUUCUUAACCCUGGUUAUAUGUGGUCUUGGUGCAUAUUAUUAUUUAACCAAACGUAAAUCAAAUGAAUUUGAUACUAAAUCAAUCAAGAGUUUCACCGUAGAUACUCAACCCAAUCGAAGUAACAGUAUUAGUGAUUCUGGUUUCGUUAACAAAAUGAAAUCAACUGGUAGAAACAUUGUUGUCUUCUAUGGAUCACAAACCGGUACUGCAGAGGAAUUUGCUGUUCGAUUAGCUAAAGAGUCAGCUCGCUAUGGGAUGAAGGCCUUAGUUGCAGACCCUGAAGAAUGUGAUAUUGAAGAAUUGACUAACUUGAAUACACUGCCGAACUCUUUGGCCAUUUUCUGUGUGGCCACUUACGGUGAAGGUGACCCUACGGAUAAUGCUUUAGAUCUCAAUGAAUGGCUUCAAAAUACAACUGUAGACCUCAAUGGAUUAAAUUAUGCCGUUUUUGGAUUGGGUAACAAAACUUAUGAACACUUCAAUGCUUUUGGUAAAUAUAUUGACAAAAGACUUGCAGAGUUAGGUGCAAAUAGAGUUCAUGAAUUGGGCAUGGGUGAUGAUGAUGCAAACAUCGAAGAAGAUUUUAUCACAUGGAAAGAACAGCUUUGGUCUUCUGUUUGUUCCCUUUUCAAUGUCCAAUUAUCUGGAGAAGACAUUAAUCUGCGACAAUAUGAAUUAGAAGUGCACAAUGAUUUACCUAAAGAAGCAAUUUACGUUGGAGAAAUCGCCAGACUUGGAUCAUACAGAAAGCAAAGACCACCAUUUGAUGCUAAAAAUCCAUUCUUGGCACCUAUCGUAGUGAACCGAGAACUAUACAAAGGAGACCGUUCGUGUAUGCAUGUUGAAUUUGAUCUAGUUGGCUCUAAAAUAAGAUAUGAAGCUGGAGAUCACCUUGCCAUCUAUCCUCAGAAUGAUUCUUCAAUUGUCAACAAACUUGGAGAAUUAUUAAAAGUUGAUUUGGAUACUGUUAUUUCUUUGAAAAAUGUUGACGAGGAUAGUUCCAAGAAAAACCCAUUCCCAUGUCCUUGCAGCUAUCGAACAGCGUUAACUCAUUACGUGGAUAUCUGCCAUACCCCAAGAACUCACGUACUUAAAGAAUUGGCAGAUUAUGCAACCAAUGAAGCAGAUAAAGAAAUGUUGAAAAAGAUGAGCAGCUCUACGGAUGAAGGAAAAGCCUUGUACUCUGAAUGGAUAAUAAAGAGUGCCCGUAGUAUUGUUCAUGUGCUUGAAGAUUUACCUUCUUGUAAAAUUCCAUUGGAUCAUCUGCUUGAAUUUAUGCCUCGACUUCAGCCACGUUAUUAUUCAAUUUCAUCUUCACCCAAGAUUAAUCCAGAGCGUGUUAGUAUCACUGCUGUUUUAGUUGAAUAUAAAUCAUUUACCGGUCGAAUUGUUCGUGGUGUUACUACUGGUUGGCUAAAAACAAUGGAUCCAAAUGGCAACCACGUUGCUCCUUGUUUUGUCCGUCGAUCUCAAUUCAAGUUACCAACUAAAUCUCAGGUUCCCAUUUUGAUGAUUGGUCCUGGAACUGGUUUAGCUCCGUUUAUGGGUUUCAUCCAAGAACGCCAAUGGAUGUUAGAUCAAGGAAAACCUUUAGGUGAAGCCAUUCUCUAUUACGGGUGUAGGAAACAAGCUGAAGAUUAUCUUUACGAACAAGAAUUGGCUGCAAGUCUGAAAUCUGGUGCUCUCACCAAGCUUUAUGCAGCUUUCUCUCGUGAUCAACCCGAGAAGGUUUAUGUUACUCACCUUCUUAAGCAGAAUAAGAAAGAGCUUUGGAAUCUUAUCGAGGAGAAGAAAGGUCACAUUUAUAUUUGCGGUGAUGCCAGGAACAUGGCUCGGGAUGUUCGAGAUAUCAUUCUAUCUACUAUUAUGGAAGAAAGUGGCAAAACAAGUCAAGAAGCUGAUGCUUAUAUUAAGAGAAUGGAAGUUCAAAGAAGAUAUUCUGCUGAUGUGUGGAGUUAGAUGUUGCUAGAAAUUUAAUGGAAUUUUAUUUUUUACAAAUUGAUUAUAAAUGAAUUGAGUCAUCCCCAAAUUGUCACAAUAUCUUCAUCUUACAUCAUAUUUUUUCUUAAAUGGUGCAAUAAUCAAAUCAACGUAAUUUAUAAAUUACAUUUGAUCUUACUGCUGCUAUGCACUAUUACCUAUGAUGUUAAUACCUACUGAUUGUUCUGUUUUUAAGUUACAAUUUCUGUAUUAUAUCUUUUCUAGACUUUGAGCAUUCCUAGGCCUUUCAUCUACGUUCUAACAAGACCUUGGCUAUGCAUUAAUCGUUCCUACUAAUUUGGAAAUCAAUCACACUAAUUUAUAAUUAUUCAAAAUUGAUAAGGAAAAAAGGAAUACAUAAAGACUUUUAUCAAAUUAUCUUUAAUUUUUUCCAGCUCGCUCAAGGAAGCAACAAUUGCCCUCACAAGUUAUCUUAUUGUUUAUUUUCAAUUUUUUUCCUCCUCUGAACGAGCAAUGAAUCAAAAACUCAGCUUGGACAAUUUAUCAUCUCGUCUUUCAUUUUUUGAUGGAUUUACCAGAAUCAUCUUAAUCACCACCAAAUAUUUACUUCAUCUUCACUAUUGUUUUUGAAAUUAAUGCCACAAUUUGAAAAAUUAUGAGCCGAAGAAGUGUCCUUACCAAGUUUUGACUUUAAAUCAAUACUUAAAAUCAUAAAGUCGAAAAAUCCGUUCAUUUUUAAACCGUCAAAAUUUUCAAAUAUUUGAUUAAAGGAUCAUUAGAAAGAUCUUUAAAUAUAAACU